AUGGCGCAAAGGGAUUUAACAUAUAAUACACCAAAUGACGCCAACCAAGAGGAGCCAGGAGUGGAAAACCCAUUUGUUUCGCCUAUAGAUGAACAAAGCUCUUUUGAGCUGAAUCAACCGUCUUCUUCGAGUCAACUGGACGACUAUAACCAGACAAACAGAAAUUUGAACGAUCAGAACUAUGGAGGUGCAUUCAAUACUUACGACGGAUAUUACUCGCAAAACGGGACCACAUCUAACUUGUUGUCCCAGGAGAACCUUUCAGACGAUAAUGCGGGGCUUCGAGACUCUUUGGGGGUGCCUAACGUAGGCUCUCCGCAGAAUAUACAAGUACCUCCAGAAUACGACAGAUAUCCAUCUAUGGCGGGUUCUAGAGUGGUGUCGACCACGUCGCUUUCGUCGCACAUGUACAGUAGCACCAACAACCUUCAGCAGGGUCAUGAAAGUAUGCGUAGGUCGGAAGAUGAUUCCUCGAUUUCUAACAAGUCCACCAACCCAUUUUUGCUUGGAACUGACUUCAGUCCGUUUGGAGGUUAUCCAGCAUCGUCGUUUCCUUUACACAUAGACGAGAAGGAACCUGAUGAUUAUUUGCAUAACCCUGAUCCAAUAGAGGACGCAGCAUAUGAUAAAAACAGAUUCAUCCAUGACUUGAAAAAUAUGGACAGAAGAUCGCUAGGUGGGUUGCUAGGAGUUAUAUUUUUAGUUUUGGCAGCUAUUGUUGUGUUCAUCUUGUUACCUGUGUUAACGUAUUCUGGUGUUACUAGUCCGUACGUUCCAGAAAGUUACGAGAUUUUAACCUCGUACCGUUAUCCUUUGUUGAGUGCUAUCAGAACUGAUUUGGUGGAUCCAGACACUCCAGCAGAAGUAUUAACUAAAAAGACUUCCAAAGGUGAGACGUGGAAGUUAGUCUUCUCUGACGAAUUCAACGCAGAAGGCAGAACUUUUUAUGAUGGUGAUGAUCAGUUCUUCCAAGCAGCAGAUCUUUGGUACGGAGGUACUCAGGAUUUGGAAUACUACGAUCCAGAUGCUGUGACGACCGCCAAUGGUACCUUGGACUUGAGAAUGGAUGCAUACAAGAAUCAUGAUGU